UUCCGAAAGCGGUUACCAUGGAGAUGGGCUAACAGAAGGUACAGGCUGUUCUCAGAGGGGUGAGGAGGGAGCAGAGGACCUGAGGUAGCUGGUGGCAGGAGAUUCUGCCUGCAGACAGAGACGUGCCAGGAUGGAGGUCCUGAAGGAGACAGUGGAGGAGGAGGAGGCGGCCGAGCAGGAGGAGGCAGCCGUGCGGGCUGAGAGGAGUGAGAAGAUGACGAGGCCCAUGGAGGUGCGGAGAGAGGAAGCCCCCAUGACGCAGGAGAUGCUCAGAGACCUGGAGAAGAAGCUGUCAGACAUUGACAUGGCCAUCCCGGAGAAGCCCUUGACCUUUACCAAGGACACUAUCGACAUCUCCAGCCUGCCCCUCUCCUACCAAAGCAACACGCUCAAGGAAGAGCACUUGCUGCAGGUGGUGGACAACUUCUCCCGCCAGUACAUCCACCUGUGCCCAGACCGCGUGCCCCUCUUCCUGCACCCACCGAACGAGUGCGAAGUGCCUAAGUUCGUUAGCACCACCAUCCGGCCCACACUGAUGCCCUACCCUGAGCUCUACAACUGGGACACCUGUGCCCAGUUUGUCUCGGACUUUCUCUCCAUGGUGCCCCUGCCUGACCCCCUCAAGCCGCCCCCCUACCUGUACUCCUCGACCACGGUGCUCAAGUACCAGAAGGGGAACUGCUUCGACUUCAGCACGCUGCUCUGCUCCAUGCUCCUCGGCGCUGGCUACGACGCCUACUGCGUCAACGGCUACGCCUCACAGGACAUGUGUCAAAUGGACCUGACACGGGACGUGUGCCCGCUCACCGUGAAGCACCAGGAGGUGGUCCAGGAAAAAGAAAAGGUACCACCUAAGAAGUACGCCGUUAAACCGCCCAGGGACCUGACCAGCAGGUUCGAGCAGGAGCAGGAGACAAAGAAGCAGAAGGAGACCAAAGCAGAGGAGGAGAGGCGGCUGAGGGAGGAGGAAGCGCACCUGCUGGAUGCGGAGAAAGCAAAGACCGACCCCCUGCAUGGCCUGCGGGUGCACUCCUGGGUCCUGGUCUUGUCGGGGAAGCGUGAGGUGCCUGAGAGUUUUUUCAUCGACCCAUUCACCGCACGUAGUUACAGCACCCAGGACGACCACUUCCUGGGCAUCGAGAGCCUCUGGAACCAUAAGAACUACUGGAUCAACAUGCAGGACUGUUGGAACUGCUGCAAGGACUUGGUCUUUGACCUGGGAGACCCUGUGAGGUGGGAGUACCUGCUCUUGGGGACAGAGAAGUCUCACCUGUCCUUGACUGAGGAAGAGGAAGAUGGGAUGAAUGAUGAUGACGAUGUGGAAAAGCUGGGUGAGGAUGAGGAUAAGAGUUUCGACAUGCCACCUUCGUGGGUGGAGCAGAUCGAGAUCUCCCCAGAAGCUUUCGAGACCCGCUGCCCCAGUGGGAAGAAGGUGAUUCAGUACAAGAGGGCGAAGCUGGAGAAGUGGGCCCCGUACCUCAACAGCAACGGCCUCGUGUGCCGCCUCACCACCUACAAGGACUUGGAGUGUACCGAGACCUUGGAGAUAAAGGAGUGGUUUCAGAAUCGGGGGGACAUGCUGGAGCUGAGACACAUCAACAAGAGCACAGGCCUGAAUAUUGACUACUUCAAGCCGGGUCACCCCCAGGCUCUGCGUGUGCACUCGUACAAGUCUAUGCAACCCGAGACGGACCGGGUCAUGGAGUUUUAUGACACAGCCCGUGUGGACGGCCUGGUAAAGCGGGAGGAGACGCCCCAGACAAUGGCAGAGCACUACCAAGGACGGUCUGACUUCCUCACCUACCGCCAUGUCAGUUUCGGGGACAGGGUCAAGAAGGUGGCUCUGAACAGCGCCGAGUCAAACUCCCGGCCCAUGGUGAAAAUCACGGAGCGGUUCGCCCACAACCCCGAGAAGCCUGCGGAGGAGGACGUGGCCGAGCGCGCAUUUCUGCUCUCGGAGGAGCGUGUCCAGCUUCGCUACCACUGCCGCGACGACCACAUCACAGCCUCCAAGCGCGAGUUCCUGCGGCGCACCGAGGUGGACAGCAAGGGCAACAAGGUCGUCAUGACGCCCGACGUGUGCGUCAGCUUUGAGGUGGAGCCCAUGGAGCAUACCAAGAAGCUUCUCUACCAGUAUGAGACCAUGAUGAAGCUAAAGAAUGAGGAGAAGUUGUCCAGACAUCAGGCCUGGGAGUCGGAGCUGGAGGUGCUGGAGAUCCUGAAGCUCCGAGAGGAGGAGGAGGAGGGGCACAGGCUGACCAUCUCCAUCUAUGACACCAAGCGCAACAAGAAGAGCAAAGAGUAUCGGGAGGCCAUGGAGCGUGUGAUGCACGAGGAACACCUGCGGCAGACGGAGGCCCAGCUGGACUAUCUGGCCCCCUUCCUGGCACAGCUCCCACCCAACGAGAAGCUGACACGCUGGCAGGCCAUCCGCAUCAAGGAUGACUGCCUCAGUGACUUUCAGCAGCGGCUCAUCGACAAGGCCAACCUCAUCCAGGCCCGCUUCGAGAAGGAGACCCAGGAGCUGCAGAAGAAGCAGCAGUGGUACCAGGAGAACCAGGUGACCUUGACGGCCGAGGAAGAGGACUUGUAUCUGAGUUACUGCCAUCAGGCCAUGUUCCGAAUCCGCAUCCUGGAGCAGCGGCUCAACCGGCACAAGGAGCUGGCCCCGCUCAAGUACUUGGCUCUGGAGGAAAAGCUCUACAAGGACCCACGCCUGGUGGAGUUCGUGAAAGUCUUUGAUACUCGCCCCGGGGCCCUGGCCAAAGUUGCCAGAGCAGGAAACCUCCCCCACAGCCAGGCCUCUGUGCCCCACACACCCAGCAGAUGACCGUCCGCUUGGGCAACCUCAUGGCCACACCACCUCCCUGUGGCCCCGUCUGUUCCUGCUUCUCAUGACCUUCCCGUAAAUAAACACACUUUGAAUUUGCUGCUUGUA